GAGCCAAAGAUGUAGAGAAUUGGAGAAGGGGAGGUCAGUUCCGCCCAGCCUGGAAUUUGUCAAGUUUCUGCCCAUAUAUGGGCACGUGUUCACUGAACGGGCGGGGGAAGAAGAGGUGUUUGGUGAAACUUACUGAGCCUCAUGAAAAGGACGCAGUAGCUGCGUUGUUUUCUGUAAGCGGGCUGAGUUUAAACUAAUAUCACAAAGUCUACAAAAGCAUGGCUGGAAAGCAGUUUAACAGCGGACCCGCGUACGGUCUCUCAGCAGAAGUGAAAAGCAGAAUUGCUCAGAAAUAUGAUCUUCAGAAGGAGGAAGAUCUGCGACUCUGGAUCGAGGGGAUGACUGGGAAGCAGAUUGGGGACAACUUUCAGAAAGGCCUGAAGGACGGUGUAAUCCUUUGCGAGCUGAUGAACAAAAUCAUGCCCAACUGUGUGAAGAAAAUCAACCGCUCAGCUUUAAACUGGCAUCAGCUGGAGAAUUUGUCCAAUUUUAUCAAAGCAAUGCAGAAUUAUGGUAUCAAGCCACACGACACAUUUGAGGCAAAUGACCUUUUUGAGAAUGGGAACAUGACCCAGGUACAGACAGCACUGCUAGCCCUAGCAGGGAUGGCAAAAACAAAGGGGGUGAAUGCUGGAGUUGAUAUUGGUGUCAAAUAUGCCGACAAGCAACAGCGCUGUUUUGACCAAGAAACCUUGAAUGCUGGACAAUGUGUCAUUGGACUUCAGAUGGGGACUAAUAAAUGUGCCAGCCAGACUGGAAUGAGUGCCUACGGUACCAGGCGACACCUUUAUGAUCCACGGUCCCAAAUCCCUGCUUCCAUGGACCAGUCUACUAUUAGUUUACAGAUGGGGACCAACAAAGGAGCAAGUCAGGCUGGUAUGACUGCACCAGGCACCCGACGACCCAUUUACGACAAGAAGCUGGGCACAGAACAGUGCGACAACAGUACGGCAUCACUGCAAAUGGGCAGCAAUCAAGGAGCCAACCAAAGCGGCACCAACUUUGGUCUAGGCCGCCAGAUUUACAAUCCCAAGUAUUGCCCAAAUGCUGGGCCUGGACUGAAUGGAAGCAAUUCUGAUUACAGUGGAGAGCCAUUUCCAGAAAGUCCUGCUGGUUAUCCUGCACAAUACGACUGAAUCUCUUGUGCUACAGCAUUUCCAGGAAGGAGAAAGCAACUCAUUGUCCAGCUUCUACAUGUGGCCAACUUGCAAGUGGUUAAAAUUCCCCUUGUCUCUCUCAAACUAUUCUUACACAUCUCUCAAUUUCUGUUUUUUUUUACUUUAAUGAAUAUGAUCCAAAAUUGAUGGUUUUUACUUCUUGACUUAAUAAAAACCGAAAGAACUGCGGAUGCUGUAAAUCAGAAAUAAACACAGUAAACACAGUAAAUGCUGGAAAAGCUUAGCAGGUCUGGCAGCAUCUGUAGAGAGAAAUCAGAGAUAAUGUUUCGGUCAGCAUUGAGUUCUGAGGAAAGGUCACUCGACCCAAAACGUUAACUGAUUUUUCUCCAAAGGUGCUGCCAGACCUGCUGAGCUUUUUUGACAAUUUCUAUUUUUGUUACUUUUUGACUUUGUUUCUUUUUAAUCCUGUAGGGUCAUUGAGCAAAAGAGAAUUUUUUUUUUUUUUUUUUUUUUUUUUUUUUGUUUUAAGGUCCAUUUUAUUUUUCUUGUCCAAGAAAUUUUAAAGGAAGCUUUUCAGAGAAGUAAGAUUCCACACUUGAUGGGGUGUGGAGGCUAUGUGCGGGAGGUGUAGAGGGCUGGGUGAAUCUAAUCUCUGCUCCAUUAAUGAGGUGACUGAAGAAUUAACAUUUAGGAAUGAUGCUGCUGGAACAGUAUUUGGAGAUUGUUCCUUCAAACCACUUUUUAGUAUCUGUCACUUCUCGCCAUUAUGGUUCUCGCUGAUAGUUUAACAGUACAUAUCUUUAUGUAUUUUUUUAAACAUUAUAUAUCCUUUUUAUUUCCUGAAGAAGGUGGGAAUGAUCCAGAAUUUCAACGUCGUCAAAGACUAAUCGUUCAUGAGAGCAGGCUUGUGGGAAAAUGCAGCCACCUGUUUUCAAUUUUUCCACUCUGCCAAAUCCAAUAACAUUCCAAAGCCAUUGCGUUUACACUUUUUUUAUUCUGUUGCUUUUUAAAACAAACUGGAUUUUCUUUUAAAUCUGCCUAACAUUCCAAAGGAUUAGGAGUGUGGUGAUUGUAUAUAAAGUAAACCCUCAGAAUGAAGUCUUGCACAAUACUUGCACCCAUGAGCUAUAAAGCUUUUGGUUUUCAAUACAGGGCAAGAUGGAUUCUUAAAACGUUUUUGUUUUAUUUUCCCCCAGAGUCUGUUCUCAUGAUUUUGAUAAAUUUCUUUAGAAACUUUGAUUCUAGUUAUUGUUGAGCCUGUUGAGAAGUCAGUACUUUGUCAUGAGUUAUUUGCUUAUUUUGCAGUGCAGUUCAGUUUAACUUGCUGCAAUCCUGUAUUCAAAAACUUCAGGCUGUUGCUACUAUAAGCGAGAGCAAAACUGCUCCAAAUACCCUCAUUGGAAGCAUAGUUUCAAAACUGAACCAGGUGUCUUACAGUUCAAACUACAGUAUGAAAUUGUCACCCACCCAUCAUUACUCCUGACUGAAAUCCUGGUCGCAAGAGUAGUAAGAGUUUGUAGAAGGAAUGUCAGGGUAGCAGCAUUUCCAUACACCAUUAGGAUAAUGAGCAAGUGCAGUUUGGUUUCAUUUGCAAAGUAAAGGCUUCAACUCGAGGAAAUGUUUGAUUCUCUUUACUCCAAUUCCCAUGUAACCUGCUGAAUGGAUGAUUAAGCUGCUACUACAAUAGAAAAUAUUGUGCCUUCAAACUUUACUAUCUCUGUCUCCCCUGUGGACCACUUGUCAGUAAUGACAUGUUCCCUGUAUUGUAUAUGCAGAUUAUUUGUAACUUUCUUAGUAAUUAAAUGUUUUUGUAAUUU